AGCAAGCGAGGCUGUAACAUCAUUAUCUCAAAACGAAUCAAUCAACCAAAACUUAUCGAUAACGAAUCCCGCCUCUGAAACUCCCUUAUCCCCUCACUCUCUCAAGACACCCAAUUUGUCCAAUUCACACUCAACAAUUCAAAGUCAAAAAGAAUAAUGUCUUCAUCAAGCGAUACUAAGAAAGAAAAUGUCGAAAACGGUGAUGUUUCUUUUUCAGAUGCAGAUGUAGCUCAGGUAUGUCAAUAUUUAUUCCUAUGUAUGAUCAGGCACCACCAUUGCCAAUGUACUUCCCUAGCCUUGCGUCUUCUGACAUGGCAUGAUGCCUGUGUUAGUCGCAGAUCCUCUCAUGAUCCAUUAUGUACUUCUAGAUUAUCUUAUUGAUUCCUAAAUGGGAAUCUCAAAUUUUCUCGAUGCGAAAACACGUCUUGGGUAGAGAAUCCCAUUUUUACUCCCGUCCCACCCAGCCCAAGUCACUUGCAUUUGUGAGACCCCUGUCUGACGAGCACCAAAAUUCUAGGCCUUUAAAGAACUUCAACGUGCGUUUUUCACCAACUGUUCAUAGCCACACCUACUCUUUCCAUCUGGCUAUAUUCCUCUGCCACGCGACUCCCAGAAUUCUAGACUCGUGUCUUUUACACCCAGUCCAGCUGAAUUUUCGCAUGCUUCUGCCUAUAUACUGUCAUUCGCGUUGAGCCAUCCCUGACAAUUCAAUUUUAUAGGAGGUGAAAAGACAGCACAGAUGCUCGAAUCCAAUCUUGCAGACCUCGAAAAGAAGAUCGAUGAUCUGUUAGCGAGCUUCGAAGCACAAGAGUCGGCGGCGCAGGCAGAGGCUAAGAAUGGGUCCAGUAGCCAUAAGGAAGAUAGAGACGAGAGUGGUCACAAGAAAUCUUGAAAGGUCUAGAUAUCGCGCCAAAUGUACGGC